AUGAGAGGAGCUCUCUUCAGAAAUGCAUCUCUCUGUGCUCGCAGAGUUCUCAUUUCUCCUCGAGUAACCCAUCAAACCUCCUCCGUCAAUGUUCCCUUUCUCGCUCCGAUCGCCGCUCCGUUUCCUCCCAAACACAGAUUAUUCUCCUCCGAAUCCGACUCUUCCGGUGAGAACCCGACUACUGCUCCGGAGUCUUCGCCGAUUGAGUCAACCAAUAAGAAAGAUCUUGGUGUUGAGGAUGUAGGCAACAAAGAGCUAAAAACCCGUAUAGAGAAGUAUUUCAAUGAGGGUAAUGAAGACGCAUUGCCGGGAGUUAUUGAAGCAAUUCUGAAGAGAAGACUUGUAAACAAGCACGAGGAGACGGAUGAUGAAUUGAUGGAGACAAUCGAGAAUCUACCUUUCCAAGAUGAUGUGAAGGAUGAAGAUUUUGAAUCUGAUUUCGAGGACGCGCAUUCUACCGACGACGAACUCGAAGAUUUGUACAACGCUCCCGAGGCUGUAAUGAAAAAGAUGAGUAAGGAUGAGUUUUUCAACAUGGACGAGAAGAAGUGGGAUGUCAUGAUUAAAGAAGGUAUCCAACAUGGGUUUCUCAAGGAUACUAAAGAAUGCGAAGAUAUUCUUGAGGAUAUGCUCCAUUGGGACAAGCUUCUUCCUGAUGACUUGAAGAAAAAAGUUGAAGCAAAGUUUAACGAGCUCGGGGAUAUGUGCGAAAGGGGUGAAAUUGAGCCCGAAGCAGCUUAUGAGCUUUUCAAGGAAUUCGAAGAUGAGAUGGUAAUUCAAUAUGGGGAUCAAAUGUUAGCUGAGGGACCUCCCAAGUUUGAUGAAACGGAUGCUUCCGACAAGAACACCGACUUGGAUGAUCCUCCCGGUAAAGGCGCAAUCCUUAGGUGGCAAUCAAGGAUAGUUUUCGCUCCUGGAGGCGAUGCAUGGCAUCCAAAGAACAGAAAAGUUAAAAUGUCUGUCACAGUAAAAGAGCUCGGACUCUCGAAGCAUCAGGCUCGAAGGCUAAGGGAACUUGUGGGGAAAAGAUACGAUUCAGGGAAAGACGAGCUGACAAUCACCAGCGAGAGGUUUGAACACCGAGAGGAAAACAGGAAAGAUUGCUUAAGAACGCUUUACGGGUUGAUAGAGGAAGCUGCGAAAGCCAACAAGAUCGCCGAGGACAUGAGAACUUCAUAUAUAAAACAGAGACUCCAAGCCAAUCCAGCUUUUAUGCAGAAACUACAAGCCAAGAUCACAAGGUCAAAAGAAUCAAAAGCCAUCAACGUAUGA